GGAAGAGAGGCACGACGUCGAUCGGUUGUUUAACACUCAUCAGAAGUCUUACUUGUCGACAGUGUUGCAGAAGGACAUCUUGUCAACAUGUUCCGACCUUCUGCUCCUCUGUCGGGAGGUCUGCUAUGGAAGAUCCCAUGGCGACUCUCAUCAAUGCAGAAAGCGCGUCAACGCAAACGGUUAAAGCUCGUGGACAAGGUCGUCGAUACUGUCAGCAUGGCUCUCCAGAACAAUGGUGGAAUGACAGCCAAGGCGGUGGAACGAUGGUACAAGGAAAUGCCACGUGAGGAAGAAAUGCUGCCCAAAGAUAAAUACACCAUUUUCGAUCGAAAAGAGAAGAAAUAUCGAAAGGGAAUUCACAAACUACCCAAGUGGACUCGAGUGAGCCAGAGAGUCAAUCCUCCUGGUUUCUAAAUGUUUGUUUCAUGUCCAUGUCUCGAGGUUGAGGCCGAGUGACGUGGCAGAGAGACAGCGAACAACAAAGGCUGCUGUGUGGAAAUAUGCGACAGAUUUUGGUUGCACACUCUCGGAAAAAACUAUCUCCACACAUGACAGCAUAAAGAGGAUAUUUUGGAGAGGAUGAAAAGCUGAUUGCAGCGACUCAAAUCUACCAUGCAAGAGCCACCGCCACUGUUUUCCGAGAGUCAUCAAAUGUUGAUUCAGUUGGCGGAUGGACCGAACCCAUGGUACCGUGUACCACCAGUACUGUACGACAGAGAGAUACCUAGCCUAUGAAAUGUUCUAUUGCACUAUUCGACUCUAUGCAAUGAGAAUUAGCUAAAGAAAUCGCUCAGAAGAGGGACACACUCUGGCAAGAAUUUUAAUCAAUAUUUAACGUCUGGCCAACGAGAAAUGCGGUUUAAAAUACCCAGCCAAUGUUGAUGGCUCGACCAUCAG